AUGGAACAGCGGGCUGAGGAAGAUGCGGCACUGGGCUGGGCCUUGGCGCAAGGCUUCGGUCGCCUGUCUCCCUUGCAGACGAGGGCGAGGCAGAGGUCGGGCAAGGAGGAGCUCGGGCGGCUCCGCGGCGCGGCUGACUUCGAGCGCAGGGAGACGGUGCGGCGCCGGGGGAGGAUCACGGCCGACGCGCUUGAGGGCCUGCACGGUGGCCUCCAUGGCCGGCGGCCGUGCGGUUCGCGCAAGGUGAGGGGCGCCAUGAGAUGGGGCCUGCAGAGGGGAGGAGGCAUGGCGGAGCGGAGAGCUCGGGGCGCCGGCGGUGGCCACGGGAAGGAGAAGAGGGGCUUAGCGCGGUGGUGCGAGGAGGAGGUAGAGGGGAUCGGGACAAGGGCACAACGCGGGAGGAAGCUUGCGAGGGGCCAUGGCGAGGAGGCAGAGGGAGGACGCGGCGACGGCAGGAGGAAGAACGGGCGAGGGGGAGUUCCUGGAGGCUGGCGGCGCUGGGGAAACGGGUGCGGGGGGCUCCUCCCCUGGCUCGAGGUGUGUGUGUGUGGCUGA